AUGAGCCACCUCACUGAUACCGGACAUCAGCCAGACAACGAUGCAUUCAAAAUCAUCUACAAAGUACCCCAAAGCAAAUCAAAGCAAGUUCGAAAACGUCACUUGGCAACAGUGGAGGCUGUGGCAAUCAAAAUCAUGAACCCAGUACUGUGUCAUCUGAAGAAGACGGUUGCCGCAUUUGAGCUGCCUUUGCCCCGACCAAACCUACGUGAUGAUCCAAACCAUGACCUCAGUGGUAUCGCAAUGAUGCAACAUGGAAGACAAAUGGCACAUGAAAAUUGUCACCGAAAAUUCCAGAAUUAA